AACUAAAGCUCAUCAUGACUGGCCUCUGGGCCUCUGUCAAUGACGGUGGAGAUGGAGAAUGAGCAGUGUCAUUUGGGAAAAGCAAAUGUUCCGUCAGCUAAUCCUGAUUUAUUGAUUUAAGGCAGUUCUCACUGGUACUAGCAGAUUUUCUCAGCGGCUUACUGGCACCAAGAGAUGCAAGAGCAGAAAUUAAACUGUUGUUGCUAGGCUACUGCUGCAGUAAUAUGCAUUUCCUUAUGACACCUUGUUCUGGAGAAGUUGGACUCUGCUGAUGUUCGCAUCAUUGCCACGAGAGUUAAAAACCAAUUUAAAAUUUGCAGACUCCCAUUGGAACUGUCAGUAGGACUGCCGUACCAGUGUCUGGUGUGGAUCUUUCAACUUCAGCUGCAACCUUUAUAAUUUCUAAGGGGAAAAAUGACUAACAACACAACAAGCCACCAUCCAGGCAACUCUGUUGCAGAGGGCAAUCAUGAGGGCGAGUUUGGCUGUACUGUCGGGGAUCUGCGUGCCCUUAUGGAACUGCGAUCUGGUGAAGCAGUCAAUAAAAUACAUGAAACUUAUGGUGAUGUUCAGGAUAUCUGUAGAAGGUUAAAAACUUCUCCAGUAGAAGGUUUGUCUGGCAACCCGGCUGAUCUCGAUAAACGAAAACUAGUGUUUGGUCAGAACUUUAUACCACCCAAAAAGGCAAAAACAUUUCUGCAGUUAGUAUGGGAAGCGCUACAAGAUGUAACUUUAAUUAUACUAGAAAUUGCAGCCAUUAUAUCUUUGGGCCUUUCCUUUUACCGUCCUCCUGGAGGGGACAGCGAAUUAUGUGGGGAAGCUACAGGUGGAGAGGAGGAAGGGGAGGCAGAGGCUGGCUGGAUUGAAGGUGCAGCUAUUCUCCUCUCUGUUAUUUGUGUGGUGUUGGUGACGGCGUUCAAUGACUGGAGUAAAGAGAAGCAGUUCCGCGGACUGCAAAGCCGCAUUGAACAGGAGCAGAAGUUCACGGUGAUCCGCAAGGGUCAGGUCAUCCAGAUUCCGGUAGCAGAAAUUGUAGUGGGAGACAUUGCUCAGAUUAAAUAUGGUGACCUUCUGCCAGCUGAUGGUAUUCUCAUCCAAGGCAAUGACUUAAAAAUAGAUGAAAGUUCUUUGACAGGAGAGUCAGAUCAUGUGAAGAAAUCAAUGGAGAAGGACCCCAUGCUACUCUCUGGCACCCAUGUAAUGGAAGGCUCCGGCCGGAUCCUUGUAACAGCAGUAGGAUUGAACUCCCAGACUGGUAUCAUUUUCACAUUAUUAGGAGCAGGUAGUGAUGAAGAAGAGAAGAAAAACAAGAAGGGUAAAAAACAAGGAGCCCCAGAAAAUCGCAACAAAGCUAAAGCUCAGGACGGUGUUGCUCUGGAGAUUCAACCACUGAAGAGUGAAGAGGGUGGUGACCCGGAAGAGAGAGAGAAGAAAAAAUCAAAUAUACCAAAGAAAGAAAAAUCUGUCCUACAGGGAAAGCUCACCAAAUUGGCAGUGCAGAUUGGAAAAGCAGGUCUGCUUAUGUCAGCAGUGACAGUCAUCAUCCUUGUGUUGUUUUUCGUUAUUGACACUUUUGGGGUUCAAGGCAGGCCAUGGUUGGCAGAUUGUACCCCAAUCUACAUCCAGUACUUUGUGAAGUUUUUCAUCAUUGGAGUCACUGUGCUUGUAGUGGCUGUACCAGAGGGUCUUCCACUUGCUGUAACGAUCUCUCUGGCCUAUUCUGUAAAGAAAAUGAUGAAGGACAAUAAUUUGGUCAGACAUUUGGAUGCCUGUGAAACUAUGGGCAAUGCCACAGCUAUUUGCUCAGACAAAACGGGUACUCUCACCAUGAACAGGAUGACUGUAGUACAAUCGUAUAUUGGAGAAACACACUACAGACAAAUUCCUGCUCCAGAUGCACUUUUACCAAAAGUUUUGGAACGGAUUGUCAAUGGAAUUGCCAUUAACUCUGCUUACACGACCAAAAUACUGCCCCCUGAGAAAGAAGGAGGCCUCCCUCGACAUGUAGGGAACAAGACUGAAUGUGCUUUGCUUGGCUUCGUGCUGGAUUUGAAGCAAGAUUAUCAAGCUGUGCGCAAUGAAAUUCCAGAAGAAAAGCUUUAUAAGGUGUAUACCUUCAACUCUGCCCGCAAGUCCAUGAGCACAGUACUAAAGAAUGCUGAUGGAAGUUUCCGCAUGUACAGCAAAGGCGCCUCUGAGAUCAUUCUACGCAAGUGUACUAAACUACUAGGUAAAAAUGGAGAUGUAACAGCUUUCAAAGUAAGAGACCGUGAUGAAAUGGUGAAGAAAGUGAUUGAACCAAUGGCUUGUGAAGGGCUGCGCACUAUUUGCCUGGCAUACAGAGACUUUGUCAAGGAACCGGAAUGGGAUAACGAAAAUGAGAUUCUGAGUGACCUGACAUGCAUCACUGUUGUGGGAAUUGAGGAUCCAGUGCGACCAGAGGUUCCAGAUGCCAUAUUGAAGUGUCAACGAGCUGGUAUAACUGUGCGAAUGGUGACUGGAGACAAUAUUAACACUGCGCGUGCCAUUGCUACGAAGUGUGGCAUCAUCCACCCAGGAGAAGACUUCCUGUGUCUAGAAGGAAAAGAAUUCAACCGCCUCAUUCGCAAUGAGAAGGGCGAGGUGGAGCAAGAUCGUCUUGAUAAGGUCUGGCCAAGUCUCCGUGUCCUCGCACGAUCAUCGCCAACAGAUAAACACACACUAGUGAAAGGUAUCAUUGACAGCACAAUUGGAGAGAUGCGACAGGUGGUGGCUGUGACUGGCGAUGGGACAAAUGAUGGUCCAGCGCUGAAGAAGGCUGACGUUGGCUUUGCUAUGGGCAUUGCAGGAACAGACGUGGCAAAGGAGGCCUCGGACAUCAUCCUGACAGACGAUAACUUUACCAGUAUUGUUAAGGCAGUGAUGUGGGGCCGUAACGUAUACGACAGCAUCUCCAAGUUUCUGCAGUUCCAGUUGACAGUAAAUGUGGUUGCAGUCAUUGUCGCAUUUACUGGUGCCUGUAUCACCCAGGAUUCUCCACUCAAAGCUGUUCAGAUGCUCUGGGUAAAUCUGAUCAUGGACACGUUUGCUUCCUUGGCCCUGGCAACUGAACCACCAACAGAAUCUCUUCUGCUUCGUAAGCCUUAUGGCAGGAAUAAGCCACUAAUCUCUCGGACAAUGAUGAAGAACAUCUUGGGUCAUGGAGUUUAUCAGCUCACUAUUAUCUUCACACUUCUCUUUGCAGGUGAGAAGUUUUUUGACAUUGACAGUGGGAGGAACGCUCCACUCCACGCUCCCUCUUCCGAGCAUUACACCAUCGUAUUCAACACCUUCGUCAUGAUGCAGCUCUUCAAUGAGAUCAAUGCUCGCAAAAUUCAUGGGGAGCGGAACGUGUUUGAAGCAAUUUUCCGGAACCCCAUCUUUUGCAGUAUUAUUGUGGGCACUUUUCUAAUUCAGAUUAUUAUUGUGGAGUUUGGAGGGAAACCAUUUAGCUGCUCAGGACUAACUCUUGACCAGUGGCUGUGGUGCAUUUUCAUUGGUGUUGGAGAGCUGCUUUGGGGACAGGUAAUUUCCUCAAUUCCGACAAGCCGCCUCAAGUUCCUGAAGGAAGCUGGCCAUGGUACAACGAAAGACGACAUCCCUGAAGGAGAGUUAAUGGAGGAUAAUGACGAAAUUGACCAUGCCGAGAUGGAACUUCGCCGGGGACAGAUCCUCUGGUUCAGAGGUCUGAAUAGAAUCCAGACUCAGAUGGGCGUUGUCAACACCUUCCAGGGUGGACCUUCCUUGCAGGGAGCGCUGAGGCGGCAGCCUUCCAUAAUCAGCCAACACCACGAUAUCAAAGUGGUGAAUGCGUUCCGUAGUUCCUUGUAUGAGGGGAUAGAAAAACCGGAAUCUCGAAGCUCCAUCCACAACUUCAUGACCCACCCAGAAUUCGGAAUGGAAGAUGACGAGCCUCGGAUCCCACUGAUUGAUGAGACUGACGUAGAGAUCAAUGGACUUGCCAACUGUGGUGCCCCAAGCCCACCCAAUAAGAAUAACAAUGCCGUUGACAGUGGAAUUAGCCUCCCCUUCACAGACGCUAGCAAGCUUGCCUCUUCCGCUCCAGGGAGCCCCCUACACAGUCUGGAGACGUCAGUCUGACCCCCCACCCCCCCCACCUCACCUUGAGCUCCAAUCUUUUGAACUUGCAGCUUUCACACUAUUUUGUCUUGUCUUGCAGGAAGCAAAAAAAUUGUAUGUUAGUUGGCAAAUUGAUGGGAAAUCCUCAGAUCCUAAAGCAUCUUAUGUAGGGUGAAGGAAUGUUUCUGGCACUGUCAUUUAAACAUGAAAUGCCAUCUAAGGUUUUAAAACAGGCCAACCGAUCAUACCAGAAGGAUGUGCAGAAUAAUAAUAGUUAAGAGUAAUUUAUAAAGGCUUUUACUACUAUUAUCACCAGCACUUUGAAGUUUACGAGACUUCAGUUUCAAUUUGUUUAAAUUGGACGGGCCACAAAUUUCAAUAAUGGUGAAGUGCUAUGCAAAAAAAAAGCUUUCACAUGUAUUUUCUGGAGUCUGUAGUUUCCAAUAUGACAAACUGGAUUUGAUUCCAUAGUCUGGGUUGUGUAAGGGGUGGCAGGGAGGAAAGACUUUAACUUAUUUAAAGAAUUGAUUGCUAGUUGGAUGUGGCCUGAUUUUAACCAAUUUCACAUUUUUUUGCAGCCAGCUGCUAAGUGACUUCCAUCAUUUCACUGAAUUACACAAAACGGAAUGUCUCCUAAAUUUCAACUUGCUGGAUGUGUGCUUGACAUCACUAAAUUGUCUUUUUGUCUCCUGGCAAGGUGUGAUGCAUGUCUAUAAUAGGCCGCCUGAUGAAGCGGUCAGCAGCAAUGCUACAGUCCUGGAAAACUGCUCAAAAUCCUUUCGAAACAAUCUUAAGAUCAGCAACUUUAGACAAUUUGGGGCUGGAGAGCGGAGGCGAGAGAAAUUGUGUACUUGUGAUUUUUGGUUCGGCAGGGUGACAGAUUUCUUUAAUGGUUGCUGCUGGCUGCCAGACUUGUAGCUUCCCAUUAAAAUUGAGUGGAAGCAGAAUCUAAUCAUUGUCAAUAUGCUGGUAGUGUGGCAACAUCAGAUGCAAACUGAAACUGUGUUCUGUCUUCUGGCAAGGUGACCAAUGUCUGAGACUGACAGUCUAUUGAGGCAAUUGACAGUGAUUCCUUCAGACCCACAAUAAUGUAACUAAUGUAUGAUAGAGCUACUUAGGUCUCCUGAGAAAUUGAGAUCAACAACCUUCUAAAUUUUCUUUUGGAUUUAUACCUUAUUUCAAUGGAAGUGGAUAACCAAUUUGGUAAGAGUUUGGUUUGGAAUGUACAUUUCAGGCAGCUUAUUUACUCCUAUCAUUGUAAAGCUUAUUGCAGAGGCUGCAAUUCUACAUUGGCAGUAUUGUCUAUUUAGUUCUAAUUUGGGAUUCUUUCUUAUGAUACAUACUCUUAAAUUAGAAUAAAAAGGAGACUAUUGACUUAACUGGUAGGCAGAGUGAGAUAAGCAUAAUUGCGUAUAAAUAUAACAUUUGAAAAUGUGUGAAAGGUUCACACAAAGCUUUUUUAAAAAAAGGUAGCAAAUCUGCCAUGUCAUCAAACACAUUCAUUUACAUAACUAUUUAACCUGUUCACUUGCCUGUAUCUGGUUUUACACAUGAUACUUUCUAAAAUAUUGGCCAUGCAUCACUGUCUUCAUAGUUCAGUGAGAUCAAUGAAUGACAUUUAGCCAGAGUAGCGAGCACUCUGAGUAAAGAUCAAAGGAAUUUAAUAAGGCUCAAUAAAAGUUGUGAAAUUUCCAGGAAGGAGAGUUAAUAAGUGACCAAGUAUUCAGACCUUUUGCUCCAGCAUUAACUUAUAACACUAAAUGGCUGAUGAACAAGUUAAAGCUUACAAUAUCAUGCAAACAUUGAGUACAGAAAUUUGAGUGAGGAAAGAUCCUCUGUACAGAUCAGUUACUUGAGACUGUGGAGUUUUUUAGAUGAUAGCUCUCGAUUUUGUAUUUAGUCAGCUGCUUCAAUUCUCGUUGAAUUCCAAUUUGUCAAAAGUUACUCCCUCACCCCCUUUCAAGUGAUCACAUCUGCAAAGGUAAAAUGUAGUACUUCAUACAGGCAAUAUUUCUGAUAAUCUCCCUAACUCAAAUCUUUGAGACAUUGACAAAUACAGAAUUACCUAACAUUUUUGGUAUUUGUGUUUACUACCCUAACAUAAGCUUUGUAUGCUAUACUGAUGCUUCUCUCCUCCUCCUACCCCCCCCCACCCAUAGUACUAAGAUGGGGGGUGUAACAUAGGACAGCUGCCAGAAUUAAUUUCUAAAGGUCACUGUACCUUUCAUAAGUUGUAAAGGCAAAAAACAAUUUUAUCUCACACUGAAUACUGAAGUAAGCAAGAGAAAGAGACGAGUUACAGUUUACCUUUGAUCAUAAUAUUAUAUUCCAUAGCCCAAUCAAAAAGGGAUAUUACAGCUUUAAUAGAGUAAUGUUGAGUUAUUAAAGAACGACACAGUCCAGCUUUCACUUACCUAUGCUUUCUUUUUACCACCGUGCAUUACGUGUGUCUUUUGGGUUAAUUUGUGUGUACCCAAACCAAAAUCUCUUCUGCCCACUUCUUGCUAACAAAGUUGUUGAACUAUCCACAUAGUUCGUAGAAAGGAUGCAACCUAUAGCUGUUGGAAAUUGUUCUAGGUCCUUCACAUAGAUUCGCUAGUGUUCAAACAACUCUGCCCAUUGUCGCAAAACUUCAUUAGAUGCAUUUUCCCGUUUAGUUGCCGUUGCACACUUGCAUUGCAGGAAUGUUGAAAAGGGAGUAUAGUAAUAUCAGAUAAGAGGAACUGUCUUUGUUGGUAAGUAAGAAAUUGGAGAAUAUAAAAUGCACACAUACUUUUGCGACAACCUAACCAACAAACUGAAACCUUUAGCUCUCUUUAUUUAAUCCUGAGAGGUUAAGAGCACUGUUGCUGAGUGUUUAAAGUUACUGGCUGAAUUUGGAGCCUAAAUGGAAGAGCCUAGGAAGUAGAUGCUGUAAAUAAUUUUUGUAUUAAACGUUUUCCAUUUAUUUGCCUAAAGAUUUCACUUCAAGUGGAUUCAUAUAAACAAUGACUUUUGCAUCUAAGCACCCCACUUGAUCUGCAACUUCUGCUCAGCUAUUGAGUUUAGCUGGCUGCUGAAGGUGCCGUGACUAAUCUGACUACUGCGCUACUGUUGAUGGUCAUUUAAGGAUUUCAGUUUUUUAAAGAAAAGCCUUUAAAUUUACUUUUCUCAAUCUUACAGUGGAGCACUGAAUCACAAGAUAUUUAUUUCCUUUUAAACAAGGUGCCCUUGCCUUUUUAAUUGUAGAUUUGGGCAGAUAACGUUGCAGAGAAAUCUGUAUGGCUGGCCCUGCUGAAUUGGGUUUACAGUCUCUUGUCCUCAUGUUCCCACAGAGGUGAUAAGCUGGGAAAAUUGUAGGGUGUCCGUUAAAGAUAACAGUGCUUGAAACGAUUGUUUGAUGUCCUCAAUUGGGGGGAAAAAACUAAUCCUUAAUGUGUAUGCUUAUAACAAUGUUGUGUUAUAAUGUAGGUCCUAACCUCUGUAAAGAUGGGCAGAAUGAAUUAAAAUUAACUGAGGUUUGAUUCAGCAGCUGUAAUAUCCACAUCUGCUGCAGUCAAACAGUGUCACGUAUGUUAAAUUUCUCUAAGCAUGAGUACUUGGAGUGUGUCAGAAGCAAAAGCUCAUUAUCCAAAUCUGCAAAGAUUAGUUUUGAGUUCCAAAGGUCUUGAAAUCCCUAAUCAUAAAGUGAUGUGGAUGCUCAGUGGUCCGUACGAGAAUGAAAACAAAGCCCCUGGGGUCUCUGCCAUAAGUUUUAUUUUGUGGAUGAAUCAAUGCGAUUGCACCAGCAUUAAGGCACUUUCAUAAUCAAAUGCUUCAACAGAACAGCCUUUCAGUGCUGAGGGAUUCCAGAAUGAAAGAAGCAAGUCAGUAAGUUAACAUGAAGGUUCAUAUCAGAAGUCCGGUUAUUACUUAUUAAAAUGAAUGAAAUUUUGUGUGCUGGAAGUGCAAGAUAUUGUUAUGACUAAUCUUCCUUUGGAUUGAAACAUUGGCAUAUAGCUCCAAAUUUGUGGAAGAGUUAGUAUUUGGUGCCUGUUAAUUGUUAUUUAUGGAGAGAGUUUUCAGGAACUCAUCAAUGCAGGCAAUGGUACAGGGGUUGUCAUCUGCUGCCCUUGUAAAGUACAAACUGUAGCUUAUGUGAAACAAAAGAGUCCUGUUCUUAAGUAAGAGCUAAGUUUUCUGAUGCUGAAUGCAGUUUUCAGGUUUGAAGGCUAAUUUCCCCCUGUUUUUAUUCAAAUAUCCUUGAAGUACAUCAUCUUCAGUCUAUCGCGUCAGUAUAACACAUGGGCCAAGAGUUGACGUUAAUCUUCCACUGCAGUUAAUAUCUGUGCAUGUGUGUAUUUCCACAGACCCAUAGAAACAUUAGGAUAAUUGAUUACAGUUGUCUAGUGUUGAAAAGUUUAUUUUCAUGUACAUGAGGUUUAUUAGCAAUUUAUCCUUGUGUGCAUUUGCAUUUCUGUAUGACCUCACGAAGUAUGGACAAUUAAUUUUUUUCUUUUUUUAAUGGUAAAUUUUCUCUCUUAGAGCAUUAAUGUGCAGUACAGCUAAGAAAUGACUGCAAAAGGUCUUCUCUGGGCAGAUUAUGUUAGAGAGGCAGUCAGAAUAAAAAAACAAUUGGCAAACCUUUUCAGUUUUGUUUUCAGAUAUUCAAAGCAAGGAUAUUUUUCAGCUUAAAUUAUGUUGCUGCUUUCAUGUGAAAGGUCUCAAAAGUGACAAGUGAAGUCAUGUGCCUCCACAGCAUAAUCUGAGUUUCCUUUUAACAGUGGCCGCAACAUGAGGCUUCAUUGAUUGGCAGAAAGAGCUGGUUAAUGAUUAAUAUACAAACUCCAGUCUCAUUUCUUGACUGCUAUUUUUCACCAUAGGGCUGAAGGUGUUUUAACAUCUGGCGCUUGUUGAAGAGUCAUCUGGACUCGAAACGUUAACUGUGUUCCUCUCCGCAGAUGCUGCCAGACCUGCUGAGUUUUUCCAGGUAUUUUUAUUUUUGUUUUGGAUUUCCAGCAUCCGCAGUGUUUUGCUUUUAACUAAUCGAACUUUGCUGCUUCUACCCAGUGAAAUUAAACCGCCGGUAAAAUCUUUGAAUUUGUAUCUGACUGUGUCAAGAUGCUGUUUUUAAACAGAAUCUUGAGUUUUUCUCUAAUCUCCUCCCCCACCCCACCCCCCACCCUCACCACCUCCAGUGUUUAUAAAUAUCAAUGUCAUUGUCAGACAGCCUGCACACACAGCAUGUCAAGAAUUGUUCAUUAUCUGACCUGACUUCUCAUCUCCCACCCUUCUAUCUUUCUGGUCCAGAUUUGAGAUGCUGGCCUCUCCAGUUAUAUUUUUCACUUCUUUAUUUCCUUGGAUCCAGACAAAUCUCCUGUGUAAUCACAAAGACCCUAAACUAUUGAAAAAGAGAAUUUCAGAUUCCAAUAGAAGAGCUUAUUAGAAGCUAUUUUCAAUAAUAUUCUCCCAGACCAUGCUGUUAAAUUGAAUUUAAGAGCUGGUUCAUUUUUUCCUCCUCAAGAGUCCAGAUGGACUAGUAACAGCAAAGUCUUCAAUCACUAAAUUGAUCCCAAUUUCAUAAGAUACAACAAUGCUUAUCUACAUUGAUACUCUAUACAUUGACCACAUCAUGACUUCGGAAUAAAUGAACACCACAGGUUUUCUGUCUAUCCUAGUUGUUGGCUGCUCAGAGGGAAGAUGUCCAAUUUAAAACAAUAUACCUUUACAGAUUAGAUUAAUUUGAUGGGAAGUGUGCAGUUCAGAACUGUGAUGUGUAUUAAUACAAGUUAUGCCAGGGGCUGAAAUUUUCCUUUAAAUCAAUAAUUUCUGUAAUGAACUAAACUGAUGAUGUGUUCAACAAAUGUUAGAGACAAAUCACUUUGGAUAUCUACCGCCCUUCCCGUAGCACAUCAGGCCCAACUUAGUUUGGCUGGCUGCUUGAUGAGGGAUAUCUGUACAUUAAUCAUCACAGGGUAAGACAGGAGAGGCAAUACUGAGGCAGAAAUGAAAAUAGUCAUAGGUCUAUAUAAUGUAGCUUUAUUUUCUUUGUGAGUUGUGGGCUGACUUAUGAAGCAAAAUAAAAGCAGUAUUACAUCCAGGUAUUCUAUUUAUAACAUCAGUUAUAUGCCUAUGUAUGUUUAGAGUGAUAACUACAAAAACAAAACAAAGAACAGAUUGGAAAAAAGAUUUUGAUUCCACUAAGAAUCCACCUCAGAUUUAUUGUUUUAACAUGGAAAGAGAUACAUUUCCGCAGUUUUUGGGACCAUAAAUGUUAUAAACUGUUUUUUAGAUUGUGCAUAAAAAGCUUUCACGAUCCUCGUCUUCCCCAGCACCUUUUUACCUAGUCAGGUAAGCUGCUUGAAGAGUGUACAUUUUACUUACCAGUUUCAUAAAGGUAUGGUCUUGUGGAGCAAGUGAUUGUGUAGCACAUUCAAAUACUUAGGACCGACUUGCUCUGUAAUAGUAAAUGAUAGGUAAAUGCAAAGAACCACCUAAAGUGGUGGCACAUUUGUGAUUGUAGACUGCCAGUUUCCUGACAGCUUUUUGAGGAGUUUUCAAUCAACCUUCACCUGGCCCAGAAGUGAUUUUUUUUUUGUUUAAUAUAUAUACAUAUAUGUAUGUAUAUAUGUGUGUCUAAUGCAUCUGGAUGUUGUCUGUGUGGGUUAGAAUUUUUUCAAAAAAAGUUAAAGCUUUUUCUGUGUGCCACUUGUGUUGCUUAUCAGCAACAAGCACUCAAACUUUGUCGAGCCAUGCUUACAGUUAAAGAUUAUGGGAUUUCAGAAGAAAUCUACCAACAAAUGUUGACCUCUUAAAAGUAGAAACACUUGUAUGAUUUAGACAAUUCUAAAGUUAAUGAACUAGAAUGUAGGACACUAAACUUUCUCUCCAUUCAAUCUGAUAUUAGCUCGGGCAAAGUAAGUGACCGAUUCUUCCUCUAUUCAGUCUCUUUAAUCUUUACAACCAAUAUCCUUGCAGUUUGCUUAAUUUUUUUUGAAGCCUUUGGUUUAAGCGGGAAAUAAAUUUACAAAAAUUGAGACAACGGAUUAUGCAACAGCGUAUAUGCAUGUUUGUGUCACAAUGCAGAGUCAUCACCUUGGUAACAAGUCCUUGAUUUGAUAAUUAUUGAUAGACAUUUUUAUUUCCUAUCUAUAGACAGUCACUUGGGACAUCUUUGCUAUCAUAAUAAAAUUGUGCUCAUUUCUGAAGUUUUUUUAUAUAUACAUUUUGUUGAUAUUAAAACUUGUCUGAGAAUUUUGCUUUGUGUAUAAUUCUGUUUCUAUAUAUAAAAUGUUCAGUCUUCUUGGCUUAAUUUAAAAGUAAGCAACACUAGAAAAGUUUUAAAAACAACACUAUGGCUUAAGUUAUUGAAUAAAAUGUAUGGUGCUGUAGCUUAAAGGUAUAUAUCCUGUUCGAUGAUAAGUUUAAAAAAUAGUGCAGCUUCGCUAACUUAUGCCUUGAAAGAUGGGAUACUUCUUAACUCUAUUGUGUGUGUCCUUUGUGUAUAUGUGUGUCUCUCUCUUCAUGAAGCAAACAGCACAGACUUGGGUGCAAUUUCAGACGCACAUUAUUAAAAAGUUGUGUAAUAUCUUGGUUGCCUUUCUUCACCUUUUAUUUAGGAGCUAAGGGAAUCCUGUUAAUAGAAUACAUCCAACUCUUCUGCCUCCACAGUUUAUCAUUUUCAAUGAAAAAAUUUGUUCCAAGUGUUUUCAACAAGAAUAAGUGUUGAAUGAAAAAGGCAAAAGUGUUGCAUCAGUUUCUGUGUCAUGACAACAUUCAUGUAGUCCACUUUCAACUGAUUCAAUGGGACUUGUUCUUGCUCAGUUGAGAAGGCAUUGUGGUAUAAAGAAAUGAAAUAAGACUUGGAAGGAAGUCGUGUGAUGCAAUUCCAUUGCGCAAGUGAAUGUAGAAAAUGUAUUUUUUGGUUCUGGACAAUUCCAUCCUUCAAUAAAUACACUAGUGAAGCUAAACUAUUUCUUUUAAAGCAGAAGAGAGCAAGAUUAUGAAAUAUCCAGUAGCUAGUGUAAUACACACUGGUAUUUUUGUAAAAAAAAGAAAAACUUAAAAAAUUUUAGAAAAUGACUGAAUAAUUAUGUGGUAUGCAUGACUUACUGUGGUGGAUCAGAGCAAUAUGUACCCUGGUGUGUUUGCCACAUUAGAGUUCAGCUUGGAGUGCUGAUGCUUUAUCUUGCAUUUUGAUAUUUUUCUCUUAUUACCAGUGACAUAACCUCUAUGUAAAAUGUUUUGCAUGUAUUUAUAUGGUUCUUGUGAUGGAAUGAUUAGUCAAAACAGCUUCUUCCAGAACACACAACAAUCUGACUAGUACAUUCAGCUGAGAGGCAAAAACACAAUUAAAGAAAUAAAUUGGCAAUGAUUUAUCAAACCUUAAAUGCGUGAUUCUAGAAGCUUCAGAGUAUUUUUUUACAAGCAGCCUGCAUUUGUGAAUCAUGAAGAAUAAUGUAUCCUGCAAUCUUUGUGUAUUAAAAGAAAAGAAUAAAUAUUUCUCCAUCAGUUGUUUAUGGAUAACUUUUUUAUCCUGUUGUAAAUAAACUCUCAUUUUUUUUGUUUAUUUUGAACUAUG